CAAAGUAUUUAUAUUUCAAAAAUUAAAAUAAAAAUUUAAAAAAAAAAGAAUGGAAAACUUGACACCGCCACCGAAUUACGCCACCGACGCCACGUCACCACUCCUCUCUAACAGCUCGUCGAGGAGCCGCCGCUACCUGCGCCGACCUCCGCCGCCUCUCCGUGGCGCGGCUCGGUUCCUCCGGCGCGCCAGCGGACGCGGGAUGAUGCUGCGCGAGCCGUCCGUGCGGGUGCGCGAGGCGGCUGCGCAGCAGCUGGAGGAGCGGCAGAGCGAUUGGGCCUACUCGAAGCCGGUGAUCGCUCUGGACAUGCUGUGGAACGCUGCGUUCGUGGGGAUUGGGAUCGCGGUUCUCUGGCUUAGCGUUGACGAGAACCCUUCGGUGCCGCUUAGGCUUUGGAUUAUUGGGUACGUGCUGCAGUGCGUGUUCCACAUGGGUUGCGUUGCGGCGGAGUACCGGAGGCGGCAGCGGGAGGGGCGUGGGGAGGAAUUGGAAGGGGGUCAGGGUUGGGAGAGCGGUGGGGAUUUGACUUCUGGGUCUGGAAGUGAUGUGGAGGAAUAUGCUGUUGAGGAGGGUCUUGUUGAAGCUGGAAAUGGAAGCAGUCUUGCAAAGCAUUUGGAGUCUGCAAAUACAAUGUUCUCAUUUAUCUGGUGGAUCGUUGGGUUCUACUGGGUGACUGCUGGUGGUGAUACUUUGAUUACUGACUCACCACAGCUAUACUGGCUCUCUGUAAUUUUUCUUGCCUUCGACGUGGUGUUUGUUGUGAUCUGCGUUGCGGUCGCUUGCCUUAUUGGUAUAGCUGUUUGCUGUUGUCUCCCAUGCAUAAUUGCAAUCCUAUAUGUUGUCACAGAUCAGGAAGGAGCAACAAAAGAAGACCUUGAUCGAUUACCAAAAUUUAAGUUUCGCAAGGUAUCUGAUGUCGAGAAAGUUAACGGAGAGAUCCAAGAAUCUUUUGGAGGAAUAAUGAUUGAAUGUGAAAAUGAUCCACCAACUGAGCGUGUUCUUUCUCAAGAGGAUGCUGAAUGUUGCAUUUGUCUGACCGCGUACGAUGAUGGAACCGAACUGCGUGAACUUCCCUGCCGGCACCAUUUCCACUGUGCUUGCGUAGACAAGUGGUUACACAUCAACGCAAUAUGCCCUCUCUGCAAGUUCAACAUUUUGAAACCCGGCAACCAAAGCGGCGCUGAUGAUGUAUGAAAACUAGGGUUUUGGGAGGGUGCAGAUACCGGGUGUCCUUCAUGCCCAUUUGUAUAUACUGUGACUCAGUGAGUGAGACUUUUUGUUGACUUGUCUGCACCAGGUACCUUUUCUCCUGAGACAGGCUUCGGUCUAGGUGGUUAUGUUGCCGGAGCUUCUAAUUGUUACCCAUUGUAUCAGCAUCCUUUCACUUGUCUUAUUUUAUAUAAUCAUAAAUAAUAUUAUAGGAGUUCGCUAUAGAGAUACAUAUACAUCUAUAUUUUGUUUUUUGUUUGCUGUAAGAUGACUUUAAAUGUGUUCCCACUUAAUAAAAUAUUGUAAAAGUUACUGUUGUA